AGGCCGAUUUUAUGCAUGGUAAUAUUCGUGGUGCUACUCUGCAUGUUCGAACGUGGCCUGGGGAAUGACGUGAAAAGAGCAAAAGAUCUAACUAGAUUGAAAAUGGCUCUGGAAAGAGAAAGAGGAGCUAAACAAGAUUCUGGAUGGUGGAGACACAAAAGGGACUUAGAUGAUUCCGAAAGAGGAGCUAAACAAGAUUCUGGAUGGUGGAGACACAAAAGGGACUUAGAUGAUUCCGAAAGAGGAGCUAAACAAGAUUCUGGAUGGUGGAGACACAAAAGGGACUUGGAGGAAUCCGAAAGAGGAGCUAAACAAGAUUCUGGAUGGUGGAGACACAAAAGGGACUUAGAUGAUUCCGAAAGAGGAGCUAAACAAGAUUCUGGAUGGUGGAGACACAAAAGGGACUUAGAUGAUUCCGAAAGAGGAGCUAAACAAGAUUCUGGAUGGUGGAGACACAAAAGGGACUUAGAUGAUUCCGAAAGAGGAGCUAAACAAGAUUCUGGAUGGUGGAGACACAAAAGGGACUUAGAGGAUUCCGAAAGAGGAGCUAAACAAGAUUCUGGAUGGUGGAGACACAAAAGGGACUUAGAGGAAUCCAAAAGAGGGGCUAAACAAGAUUCUGGAUGGUGGGGGGGACACAAAAGGGAUCUUGAGGAAAUAGAAAGAGGGGCUUAACAGGAAUCUGGACGAUGGAAAAGCGAAAAGGAGACAUAUAAUGGGAGGGGAAAAAUUUAUGGAUCAUUGAGACA